GUGAAAUCACCGUCUUCUUCGAUCAGGCGGCACAGUGAGAAGGAUGCAGGCCAGAGGGACUCGAUGCGUCCAUUGCACUGAGCUCCUGCCGAUGAAGAGCGCAUUCUGUUUGAGCUGUGGCACCCCUCAAUCAUCUACGAGCACGUCGUCACAUGCCGCCAUCCUUUGUGCAUCGUGCAGCGUCGAAGUGCAUGCUUCCACCAAAUUCUGUCCCGGAUGCGGUGCGGCCAUACACAGACGGGGCUCCUUGGCCUUCACUACCCCCACAACCUCUGCAGUCACCCAAACCUUGCCGUCGUCAUCAAGUCGACGCUCGCACGGGCUUGACAUGUCGGACAUAGAAGAAAAGCGCCGACUCGACCAAACACUCACACAAGUCGAUCGCGCGCGGGAAAUUGCAGCUGCGAAACGCGCCAUGGCCGAUGCUAAGUUGGCCCACCUCGAGCGCAACAUGCGACCUUCGGUGGUCUCCAAGGCCGCGUCCAGUGCCCAAAAGUCUCGGAAACCCAGUGCGGAUCCACGUCUACCUGUCCCGUCGCCUCCUACGUCCGACCACCUUCUCUGCGUUCACUGUGGCGUUCUUGGGAGUCUUCGGUCCAAGUUUUGCUCGUCUUGCGGUAGAAAUCCGUCUCAACCCGUGGUGCCCGCGCCAUCGAUGCCCGACUUGCCGUCCCCACUCCCACUGUCGUCGCACCGUCUACGCCAACCUUCUUCCACCAGCAGCUCACCGUCGUGCCCUCAAUGCCACGCACCUCUGAUCGUUCCAGAUGCAAAGUUCUGUCCAUCUUGUGGUGCCACUACUGGCCUUCCAACCACCUCGUCGUCGUACAUCGUUCCAGCUUCCACCACUCGUACUUCUCGACCCACCUCCUCCGCACCAACUACCUCCAGAGCUCCCAUGGCGGCUGCGUCGCGAUAUUUAUCAGCCGCGGCGUCUGCGGCCACAUCGUCCACAACGCCUCCGCCAUCCAUCCCGUCCGUUGCCCCUCCAUCAUUUCCAUCUCCCCCGUCGUUUGGCACGGCUUUUGUGCCACCAGAACAAGGCACAGGCCACGUCUACACAAUCUCCCAGACGAUUUCUCGGUCGGUUACGUAUAAUGCAAGCUGAAGUAAAUGACCAAUUUAUAAUUACUGUACCAAUAUUUAUGAUCACU